AUGAGAAGGCUACGUGAAUCAAGGCGACAGGAUCCAGAGAAGUAUGAAGAAGACAAGCGAAAAGAACGGGAACGGUAUUACCGGAGAAAAGAAGCUGGCCAAAUUAAAACCAUUGACCAAAUGUCAGAAAGAGAAAAACGGAAUCAAAGGAAAGAGUGGCGGAAUAGAAGUAAAAAACACUAUCUUGGAAAGAAAAAUGCAAAGGAGCUCGAGCUUAAAUUACAAGAAAACUCACCACCUGCCACUCCAAUCCCGGAAGAACUAAUGGCUGAAGCACUAUUGAUGAAAUACUUCAAGAAAGGAUGA